AGCUCGGCGGCCAGCCCCGCAACGGCGCAGGCUAUGCAGGCGCCGGGCUCGGAGGCUAAGCUGGGGCUGACGCUGGCCGCUGCCGCCGACGCCCCCACUCUGCGUGUGUGCCGCGCCGUCUGCUGCAGCUCGCGCAGUGUCGCGAGAGCCGCUGGUGCGUGCAUGGUCGGCCUCUCAGAACCGAGGCAGCAGCGCCGGCUCCGAUGGCCGGCGCCGCGGACUGCCUGUCCGCUGUUGCUGCUGCUGACGGCUCUCGCGCUGACCUCGCCUGUCGAGAACCUGCCGCAGCGGAGCAACGGAGAAGAGGAGCGCUCGGAGGAGUACCAUGACUUCGUGUUCAAGCACCACGACAACAUCGAAUUGGCCGACGAGCUGCGUCGCGUGUCGCGGGCCUGCCCGGACAUCACCAACCUCUACGAGUUGGGUCACCGCAGCGUGCUGCGACAGCCCCUGUGGGUGCUCGAGAUGACCGACAGGCCGGGCGUCCACGAGCUGUUGGAGCCCGAGACCAAGUAUGUGGCGAACAUGCACGGCAACGAAGUGCUCGGCCGGGAGCUGAUGUUGGCGCUGGCCUGGUACCUGUGCCGCCGCUACCGAGAGGGAGACUCCGAGGUCACCGCACUGCUAAACACAACGCGCAUCCACAUCAUGCCUAGCAUGAACCCCGAUGGCUGGGACACGGCGGCCAAGUCUCCUCGUGAGGACUGGGUGAGCGGCCGCACCAACGCCAUGGGAGUGGACCUCAACAGAGACUUUCCCGACUUGGAACGCAUCCUGCGAAACAAUAUCCGGCGGAUCAAGCCAGACCAUCUCUUCAAUGGAGAGCUCACCCACCCGGUCCAACCAGAGACAAAAGCUGUCAUGGAGUGGAUCUUGUCGCUGCCAUUCGUGUUGUCGGCAAAUUUCCAUGGUGGUGCCUUGGUGGCAAACUACCCAUUUGAUGACACGCUUGAUGGCUCCCAGAAAAAGUAUACAUCAGCGCCAGAUGAUGCCACAUUUAGGCACCUGGCACAGACGUACGCAUCCAGUCACCCACGCAUGAAGCAAGGUGAAACAUGUGGCGGAGAUGCCUUCAGGGACACUGGAGGCAUCACUAAUGGGGCUGCAUGGUACGCUGUCGCCGGAGGCAUGCAGGACUUCAAUUACUUGGGCUCAAAUGAUUUCGAAAUCACAAUUGAGCUGGGCUGUCGCAAAUUCCCGUCGGAAUCUGAGCUUGGAAAGGAGUGGGAGGAAAACAAGCAGGCGCUACUCAACUUUCUCUGGCAGGCACACAUUGGAAUCAAAGGCUUGGUUACCGACAGCCUGUCGGGCGAGCCAAUCGCCGACGCAGAUGUGGAGGUGACCAAUGUCACCGACGGAGAGCCGAGGCUGAUCCGCCAUAACGUCCUCACCAGUGAGAAUGGAGAAUACUGGCGGCUGCUGAUUCCCGGAACAUAUACAGUCCGUGUCUAUCGGCAUGGCUACAUGCCUGUCCAGAAGCAGGUCAUUGUUGAGUACCGGCCCCACACAGAAGCCCAACGUGUCGACUUCCAGCUGAAGCCUGUCGCUGCACGGGCCAUGGAAAUGCUGCUGGAAUCUGAAGCCUACAUGGAUGGCAGCGAAGCGCACAGGCUACUCCCACCACCACACCCACUGAAGCAGAUGCAGCCCAUGUGAUUACAAGGUCGCCCGAGACUGCGAAAUGCAGAUACCGCAUAGAGUUGAAAGUUGGAGGAAAGAAAUUUUUAUUUGACAGCGAAGAACAUCUCACUGCUGGAUAACAAUGAGCAGAAGUGGCAGUGUUUGCUGAAAAGCUCUCAAACAUAUCCAACCAGCCUGCACGGAAAAGAAAUGGGCAGGAACACUCAUGUGCAGGUCUGCACAUUUCCCGAGAUUGUGGACAUGGUGCAAGAAAAAAAUACUGUGGAGGAUAAUUGGCACAAACACUUCAGCUGUCACAUGCAGUGAAGCCGAGGAAAAAUGGUGCAACAGGGUAAUUGGCACCAACAGUCAAAACAAAAAAAAAGUUUUGAAUAUAAUGCUGUACUUGCAAACGAUUGUUGAACUAACUUCCUGCUCCCUUCAAUGAGGCCACAGAAAUGCUUCAUGCAUUCCACUUAACGUAUAUAUUACAGUAAACCCCUAUUACAAUGAAGUUUCUUUACUUCGUGUUUUUGCAAUUCUGCAACAAAAAACUGAAGUUUUAUACCACAAACUCUCAAUGUGAUGGGACAACAUUCCACUUAGCACAAAGAACAAACACGUCCUUCACAUAAGCCAGCAUGGAGUAUAAAAAUGCAAGAAUGUUAGUACAAAACAUUUUUGCCCUUGGUUGUCAUGGUUUGUACACAGAAUGCAUUGCCAGUGACAAUGACAUGACAAUAGUAAAGCCACAGAGGACUAGCUGACAUUACAGCAAAAACUUCAGGUUGCCCAAGUGCAAUAUGGAGGCUUCAUCAAAUCAUAAAUGAUCAGGGAACCUUGUAUUUCAAACAGCUCUUAUUGUAGAAAGGCAGUUCAGUGACUUAAUGAAAGUUGAAGAUCAGCCUUGAUUGUAUACAUUCAAAGGCAUACAACACGAGAAGAAAAAAGCCGAGAUGGAAAGGACUGUGGCUUAUACUGCCACCUUUUAGCUUACCCCAGUUUAAAUGCCUUAUAUAUAAUUACACCCAUUUUUCCCUUAUCAACAGGAAUGCCAUUGACACUUUGCCAGAAACAAGGAUACACAAACUUUAAUGCCAGUGUUGGAGGGCUCUUACUAUAUUGCCACACCUUUUUAGGAGAGACACCACACAUUUUUAAGUACAGCUUAUACAAUGGAGCUUAUUUGCUGUCCUGAUGAUUUCGCAAUAAUGGGGGUUUACUGUAGAGUCAUCUUUUGGCAGGGAUAUGUAUAUAAUAAGACUUUGCUAGCUCUUAUUGCAACAUUAAGGCCAUUCAACCUUUUGGUCAUGGAAAAAUAUAAAUUUCCAGGUGUGUAUCUCCUCAUAUCAGGACAAAGCAUGCCCUUGAAGUAUGGUUGAAAAUGUCAAUAAACAAACAAAAAUUGCAGCA